CCACCAAUUCUCUGGGACACUGACAAAGUCUCUGCUCCGCAUUUUUGGCGGCGUACAAGCAUUUGCUUCCUCGCUCUCAUCUCCAAACUGACCAUCGAUUACAGCUGCACCAAGUUCAUCAAUCCCAUCCACCAUGUCCUUGGGACCGUCUGCGAGCUGGAAGAGCACGUUCUUGAAUGUGCCCCCAUUGACAAAGAGUGUAUCGACAGCCGUGACACUGAUGACAGCACUUGGGUUCUUGCUCCGCCUUCGGGACCUCGCCUUCUCCUACAGUGCGGCCGAAGGUGCCGACUAUGACGACUCUGAAGCAGAUCUGGUACCUCUACUAGCCCUUGUCCCUGUCUCGGCCCCAUAUCACCUCUGGACCUUUGCAACGGCAUCGUUUUUUGAACGGAAUAUCAUAAAGUAUGCCAUCAAUACCGCCAUUCUCCUGGGCUGUGGUAAAUACUUGGAGCGGGCCUGGGGAUCUCGCGAGUUCUUCAAACUCCUCUGCAUCUCCAGUAUAGGUCCCAUGCUUGGGAUCUACCUGACCUACCUCUUCGGAUAUGUCAUUCAUGGUAAUGACGAGCUGCUAUAUGACACAGAGGCAUAUGGGAUGACAGGCGUGCUGGCAGGGUUUUUGGUCGGAUUCAAGCAACUGUUGCCUGAGUACCUUGUCACAAUUUGGGGCGCACUCUCAGUCCGCGUUAAGUCACUGCCAUUACUGUUCACACUCUUUAUGGUCUUUGAGGGUCUCAUCUCCCAUACCCAGAUCCAGUUCUUGAUGGCCAUUUAUGGCCUCUUUCUCUCCUGGAUCUACUCCCGCUUCCUCAGAGUUCAAAAUGGCAUCCGCGGUGACAGAAGCGAGACGUUUUCGUUCGCCUCAUUCUUCCCAGAGUUUAUUCAACCUCCUGUCAAGGCCAUUUCAGAUUUUUGCUUCGGGGUCCUGGUAAAACUCCAUAUUUUCUCACCCACAGGAUACGGAGGCUUUCAUUACGACCUAGAGAAUCCUCAAAUGGCCGGCUUGGGCCAUACAUUCACGCAACCUGGCAGUCUCCGCGCUGAAGCCGAGCGGCGGAGAACUUUGGCAUUAAAGACAUUGGACAUGAAGAUUCACGCAGCAGCUGGAAAUAACAGCCCAUUUUCAGGAUCAGGAAGAUCCGCCGGAUCAUCGUCGGCAGCGCCAGUAUCCUUGCUAUCAUUGUCCGCCGAGCCGUUGCCUUCAGCGGACGAUGGUGAGGAUGAGGUCCUGUUCGAUGCCACAGCAUUGAAUGCAAACGAACCACCGGCAUUGGAGCGACCCAAGGAGACGACUAGUAGCGAAGCAAAAUCGGAAGCGGAUAUGGUAUAGGCUGCUAUACACACCAAAAAAAAAAAGAAAAAAGAAAUAGAAAAAUUAUAAAGGCUGCAUCAAACC